CGUUCCACCCAGCGCUUGCGGCCUCGCGGCGCGGCCGGCCAGGGCUGCGAUCAAUGCGGCUUUGUCUGGGACGCCCACACCCCAGAGGCCGCUCCUGGGUCGGCAAAUCGGAGCGCGGCCGGGGCGCGCGGGGGUGAGAUAAGCGGCCAUGUGACCCCACCUGAGCAGGCGGGGGAGGGGCUCCAGGUGAGGCGGCGGCCGGCGGGGCGCGGGCGGCCACGCGGGGCUCCUGCAGCAUGUCUGUCAGCAGGAAGGACUGGUCUGCGCUGUCCAGCCUAGCCUGGCAGCGGACUCUGGAGGAUGAGGAGGAGCAGGAGCGUGAGCGCAGGCGGCGGCACCGCAACCUGAGCUCUGCGACGGAGGAUGAGGCUCCCAGGCUCAGCCAGCAUGGAGACCGGCGGACCUCUGCUUCUGAGAGACUGCCGAGUGCGGAAGAAGCAGAGGUGCCCAAGCUACUGCCCCCAGCCUCCAAAGACGAGGACAAGGACAUCCAGACCAUCCUCAGAACGCGGCAGGAGCGGAGGCAGAGGCAGCAGGCGGUGGAGGCUGCACAGGCCCCCAUCCGGGAAAGGCUGGAGGCGGAGAAGGGGAGGGACAGCUUGAGCCCUGGGCAGGCCACACAGCAACCCCUAGUCCCCAGGAAGGAACUGGAGACACCACCUCGCCGGAGACUGAGUCGUGAACAGCAGGGCCCCUGGGCCCUGGAGGAGGAGAGCUUGAUGGGCAGGGAGCCAGGAGGGAGGAAAAAAGGGGUUCCAGAGAAGUCCCCAGUCUUGGAGGAAUCCUCCACACCAGAAAAGAUGGCACCCAAAAAGAGCCUGGUCUCUGAGAAAACUUCCAUCUCCGAGAAGGGGCUGGCCUCAGAGAAGACAUCCCUAUUGGAGAAGACAGCAGUGUCAGAGAAGAAGUUUGAUCUAGGAAAAAACAGUGUCUCUGACAAGUCACUGGGCUCAGGAAGAAGACUGGUGUCUGAGAAAGCAUCUAUCUUCGAGAAGACACUGGCCUCAGAGAAGAGCCCAACCACAGACACCAAGCCGGCCCCAAAGAGGGCCACAGCCUCAGAGCAGUUCCUGGUGCAGGAACCACCAGCCUCUGGUGGAAGCCCAGCCACCACCAAGGAGCAGAGAGGAAGGAUCCUCCCUAGGAAGAACCUGCCCUCCUUGGCAGAGCAGGGGGCUUCGGACCCUCCAACUGUGGCCUCCUGCCUCCCACCCAUCACACUCCAGGUGAAAAUCCCCAGCAAGGAGGAAGAGACAUACAUGUCCUCACCCACCCAGCGAACCUACAGCAGCUCCCUCAAACGCUCUAGUUCCAGAACCAUCUCUUUUCGGAUGAACCCCAGGAAAGACAACUCCGAAACAACCCUAACUCGAAGUGCCAGCAUGAGGCUCCCAGCCAACACAGAGAAGUUGGGAGAGAAGCUGGAGAGAUACCACACGGCCAUACAGAGAUCAGAAUCCAUCAAGUCUCUGGGCUCCUCUCGCACUGAGUUCUUUGUGGCCCCUGUGAGUGUAGCCAGCAAGCGCCACCUCUUUGAGAAGGAACGGGCAGGUCAGAGUCAAGAGGAACCAGCCUCCAGCCGGAAGGAGAAUUUGAGGCUCUCAGGGAUUGUGACAUCAAGGCUCAACCUGUGGAUCAGCAGGACCCAGGAGUCCGGAGAUCAGGACCCCCAGGAGGCACAGAAAGAGUCAGCUGCUACCAAGAGGACUCAGUGGGGAAAGAAAUCUGACUCCACUCUGGAUGCUGAGGUGAAUGGUGGGGAGGAGCCUGGCCCUAUGGGGGAGGGCCACAGUGCACUGUGGGAGACCCCAUCGUCCCCCUGUGCACAUGCUAAUUGACCUGCAGACACACAGUCCACCGAGAACACCCCAUCCCUAUGCAUGCAGGCUGGUCUAAGCCAACCAUGAGAACAAGGUCGAGCCCUCAGCUGGCUGCGCUGCCCGCACCUCUGCAGAGCCCCUGCCCCUCCAGCCGGCAGAUUGCAGGGCUCUGACCUGCAAUUGUGGGUGUGGGGCAUGGGCAAAGGGAUGCCUUCCUGUCCAGUGGCCCCCUUCUCCUUCCAUCCUGAGCACCCCCCUGCCUUGUGCUAACAGCUCUUUGCCCCACAGGUAUGACAAGCUCUGCCAAGACAGACCUGCACAUCUUCAUCUUGAGAGGCCUCCCUCAUGCCCGGCCCCUGCCUCUCACAGCAGCACCCCUGCCUCCUCUCAUUGUCCCUGUUCCCUUUUUGCCUCUGGAUCUGUUCGGGCAGAGCUUCUGGGUUUGGGAAUAUUUGCAAGACUCAGCCAGCUCCUUCCCAGCCUAGCCUCUUGGGGCUGGGACCUUCUUGCCUCACUGCAGGUGCAGCAGAUGCUGGGACCCAGCCUCUGCCCAGAACACAGCACAGAUGCACAUCAGCACUAUGGGGCCUAUGUCCUGGCCAGAGGCCUCUGCUCCUUUUUGCUCCCAUCCAGGGUCAGGGCAGGGCAUCCUCAAGAACUCCAGAGUCACCUGUCUUGUUGGCUCCCAGCAAGUGCCUCUGAGUGUCUGUGAUGUCUCCAUCACCGAGGCCUGGGCCCACCCAUCUUGGUCCCUGGGACCUGUGCCCAGCCACCGAGGUUCAUUCUGUUCAGAUUGGGAAGGAGCUGCCGUGCAUCUUCCACAUGCCCCGUCUCCCUGCUUUGUUCUCCCCUCUCUUCCCUGGCCUGCUGCCCUGGCCGGGAGCUAAGUGCCUUUUUGUGUGCAACCACUUACCCUUUCUCUGAGAAACCUACUCUCAGGAAGAAUCUAAUAAACUCAUUCACUCUCAGGUGCAAUUGA